AUGGUGGGGACGAGGCAAAUGAAGCCUAUCCCCAUUCCCUCUCGUAGCAAAAUCGCGUCGCUGAUUACGAGGAGGUUAGAAAUCAGACACGACGCUGAUGGCGAUGUUUUCUCCCACCUUUCGGACCACGCACGGCUGGCUCCUGAGACGCAAAAAGUCUCUCCAAUCCUCGGGGUCAUGAGGAGUGGCGGCCGGCGCUCUCCCUGA